AAGGAGAUAAGUGAGGCUGUUGUCCUAGAAUCUUCUGGGGACAAAGAAAAGGUUGCUCACUGCUCGAAAGGAAGCUUUGGGUGAGGGCUCUCCCCUGCCACUCUUGUGCCCUGCCACACUGGGCUGACACAACACCGAGGGCCAGCCAAACUGCACACGCCAAAAGAAGACAGGCAUGGCCACGGAGCAAACUGAACGCAGCCUAAAUGCUACCACCCGCCUCAACUUUGCUGCAAUCUACAACAUCCACGAUGGGGAUUUCACCUCCUUGCGAAACUUCUCUUUCCCUUUCAACUUCACUUACGGCGAUUAUGACCUGCCACUGGACAGUGAAGAUGACGUGACCAAAACCCGCACCUUCUUCACAGCCAAGAUUGUGAUCGGGGUUGCUCUGGUUGGCAUCAUGCUGGUCUGUGGCAUUGGCAACUUCAUCUUCAUCGCUGCUCUCGCCCGCUACAAGAAGCUGCGAAACCUCACCAACCUGCUGUUUGCCAACCUGGCCAUCUCAGACUUCAUCGUGGCCAUCGUGUGCUGCCCCUUUGAGAUGGACUACUACGUGGUGCAGCAGCUGUCCUGGGAGCACGGCCAUGUCCUCUGUGCCUCAGUCAACUACCUACGAACUGUCUCCUUCUAUGUUUCGACCAAUGUUCUCCUGGCCAUAGCUGUUGACAGGUAUCUGGCCAUUGUUCACCCACUGAAACCACGCAUGAAUUAUCAAACAGCAACCUUCCUCAUUGCCUUGGUCUGGGUCGUCUCCAUAAUUGUAGCUAUUCCAUCUGCAUACUUUGCUACUGAAACCGUGUUGUUUAUAGUGAAAAACCAGGAGAAAAUUUUCUGUGGCCAAAUUUGGCCAGUUGACAAGCAGAUGUACUAUAAAUCAUACUUUCUCUUCAUCUUUGGCAUUGAAUUUGUGGUACCUGUGAUUACAAUGACCUUGUGUUACGCCAGGAUCUCUCAGGAGCUUUGGUUUAAAACCGUCCCAGGAUUUCAGACAGAACAAAUCAGAAAGAGGCUUCGGUGCAGAAGGAAAACUGUUAUGGUACUAAUGUGCAUCCUGACUGCCUAUGUUCUCUGCUGGGCACCUUUCCAUGGCUUCACAAUUGUCCGGGACUUCUUCCCCAACCUCUUGGUGAAGGAGAAGCAUUAUCUUACUGUCUUUUACAUAGUUGAGUGCAUCGCCAUGAGCAACAGCAUGAUAAACACCAUGUGUUUCGUAACCGUGAAAAACAACACCAUGAAGUACUUCAAGAAGAUCAUGCUGCUCAGAUGGAGGUCAACGUAUAAGGGAAGCAAAUCCAGCACAGAUUUGGACCUGAGAACAAGUGCAAUGCCAAUCACAGAGGAAGUAGACUGCAUAAAACUACAAUAAACUUUCUGAGGUUCUAAUCUCACUUUUUUUGGAGGGGGGUAAAGAGGAAAUCAUACCGUCUCAGAAGCUUCUUCCUUGUCUGUGGGAAUACCCACCACUGGUGAGAGCUCUCAAAGCAGCAGCCGACUUUGCAUUCCCACCAGAACUCUUCUCACUGGACUGCUAGAUAAU